GGGCGUCAAAGGCCUGGCCUGACGAUGACCUACCCUACCAACCUACGUACCGGGCCGUGCUGCCACAUCAACGGACUACUCCCGACUUCCGAUCCUCAUUACCCUGCCGUUCUCCGUGUCCGAGUCCCGCUGCCGACGUCCGAAUCACGUACCACACACCGACGAUCGCAGCGCGUAGCGCGUCUUAGUUUGGUUCGGAUCGCGCCACAACAUCGCAACUAUGGCUGUCGGCCUCAUCAACGGCCGCCUCGCUGCCGACGAGGAAGCCCGGGCAGAAGUUGACGUCCUCAACUCGCGCCUCGAAAAGACAUCCCAACUCACAAAGAAGAUUCAGGCCUGCCUGGCCAGGCUGGAUGCCACCGGCAAGAGUGUUCGGGAUGUUGCCGGGCCUCUCAGUGGCGAGACUAGGAAGCUUCAAGUUCUGGGCAACAACAUCGACGCCGUUAUCGCCGCCAUAGAAAAACUACGAUCCCCCGCCGACAGUAAGAAUGACGAAGAACAAAUCAUCCGCAUGGGCCCUGAAAAGGCUGGCCUCCCCAACUACCUGGCAUCUAUCAAGCGCCUGAACAAGGCAUUGAAUGACAUGAAGGCUUCCAAUCUUCGAUCAACGCAGCAGACCGUCGCCGACCUUCAGCGUCUAGUCAAGACUGGAAAUUCCCAGCUCGAGAGUUCAUUCGACAAACUACUACGGAGCGAAACACCCCGAGCCAUCGAGCCUCUGCACUAUCUCACCAAGAACAUGCCCUUCCCGGUGCUCUCCCAAGAAAAGAUCACCAGGCUAGGUCUCAUGAACUCGUACCUAACCGGGGUGCACCAACAGAACACUGGGGCAGGAAGCUCGCAAGAGUCGCCCGUCAUCAAGAUCUAUGCCGAAGUCCGGGCUCAGUACCUGCUAUCAACUUUGGGCAACCUGGCUACGGCAAGCACCAACACAGCCAAGAAAAAGACUCCAGAGGCAGUAUACAAGGCGGGCACCAACGGUAUGGGAACCUACGCCCAGGCCAUGGAGGGUCUAUUCCUAGCCGAAUACGACAACAUCUGCAGCAUCUUCAUGAGGGAGGACUGGGGCCCUGUCUUUCAGGCAACAUGUCAACCAGCCCUGGUGGAGCUGGGCAGGACCCUUCGGGAACUGAACAGCCACAUCAAGUCGCAUAUCACCACAGACUGCUACCUCGCAUAUGAGAUCGUCGAGAUCAUUUCCAGUCUGUCCAGUAACCUUGAGAACCGAACGGGCGAGCUGAAGAGCUCUCUUGCUGCGGCCCUGAAGCCCAUCCGGGAAACGGCCAAAUCAUCGCUCGUCGACUUGCUCGAGGAGACCAAGCGCCAAGUCAACAGCCUGCAGACGCUGCCCGCGGAUGGCGCGCCCACCCCGCUCGCAACACAAACCAUGCAGCGGUUGCAGUCCAUGGUCAACUUCUUGCGGCCGAUAUCCAGCAUCAUGAUUUCCAUUGGCGAUGGCGGCUGGAAGUCGGCCGCUGCGUCCAAAGGAGGGGCUACUGAUACCAUCCCCAGCCUCGUUUCGUUCGAUGUCGGUGCGGACGGGCAAGAGAUCUUUGCCCACUACUGUGCCGACACCAUCGAGACCCUCCUUUCUUCGCUGGAUGCCCGUGCUCGUGUCCUAUAUCAGCAGAAGAAGGCAGUCAUUGGUGUGUUCCUGGCUAACAAUGUCACCGUCAUUGAGCGUAUGAUCAACGAAUCUGGCCUGGUAACCCUUCUCCAGUCUCGCCUUCAAGUGCUCGACGUAUGGAGAAAGAAAGCCACUGCUCUCUACACCGAGACCUGCAAGGAAAUCAGUAUCCAUCUGUUUGAUACGGUCCAUACCAACCGCACCGCGCGCCCGGGUUCCGGUCAGGGCAUGGUAAGCUCGGCUUCGAUCAUGAAGGGCCUCAGCUCCAAGGAUAAGGAGAAAAUCAAAGGCAUGUUUACGGCCUUCAAUUCCGGCUUCGAGGACAUGGUUGCCCGUCACAAGCAGUUCACCAUGGAGAAAGAGGUGCGCCAGAUGCUUGCACAGGAUGUUCAACACAUGCUCGAGCCACUUUACAAUCGAUUUUGGGAUCGUUACCACGAGAUCGACAAGGGAAAGGGAAAAUACGUCAAGUACGACAAAGGGUCGAUCGCUGCUGUUUUCCGCAGUCUUUACUGAUUGCAUUUUCUCCGCGGUACAUUCGGAUCAGGGCUCUAUCCGUACGUCCAGUGCAAUUGCACGUUAAUACCCGGGGAUGAAAUUCCUACGCAACUGCGAGAAUGGGAAUAACCCUAAGCUACCCGCGCGUGCUUGCACGAAUACACAUCCGGACUUCUGAACGGUUUAGGGAGGUGGAGUGCGGCAUAGGAGACCGGCAAGACAUCAGGCCAUAAUUGCGUCUCAGGCGUGCAUCCUGUCCUUUGAUAGGAUCUCGCAGACUAACCCAUUGCCUAUUGGCGAAUGGCGUCGGCGCCCGCGCCGUUGUCUCUUGUCUGUGACUGGUGACGGGGAUAGGGCGGAUGAGAGAGGAGGUACUCCCAAUGAAUUACCUCAAUCGAGAACGCAUGUGCGUGAAGGGAGAUUGUGAUUACGGAUUCGCUUUGGCCUGCGCAUUUUGCAUGGGUGUUUUGGACGAUUCGCAUGUUUCAUGACCGUUGAACGGGGCUUGAGAAGUUGAAGGAAAGAGGAAGGAAGCAUAAAAGUGAUCAUGAGUGGGUCAAGGUUGCCUUCCCCCUUUGGCUUUGAUCGAAAUCACUGAACUAAAUUGCUUAUGCUAGGAUUUCUAGAGAUACCACAUUCACGGAGAAUGGCGUUAUGUUUUUGGACGUUAUUCGGCCUGACUUAUCAUCUUUCGUUGUAUAUAGAUUCAUAUAAUCAUGUCUUAAUUAUGAUACUAUCGUGACUUUUAACGUCUCCAGAUAAGUCAUAGCAAUGCACAAUCAGGAAAUUACACCACCGAUUUAG